GACUUAAUAUAAGUUUGAAGCAGUUGAUCAACUUCCAAAUAUCCAAGUCCUCUCUGCUUAGCCAACUAUAUACAGUUGCAGUGAUAAUUACGGCACCAAUCACUACAAUGGCUUCUUCCGCUUUGUUAGCGUUGGCUCUUGCACUGGCCUUUUGCAUACAAGGCUCCUUAGGAAAUGUCAUCUGUGAGAAUCUGAGCAAAGACGCGUGUGCUUUCGCCGUAUCCUCUGAGGGGAAACGGUGUGUGCUGGAGCAGCGUAUGUGCAGGAGCGGGAUGGGGAAGUACACUUGUCGAAGCUCGGAGAUUGAAGCUGAUACUCUCAAGGAUUGGAUUGAGAGUGAUGAAUGUAUUAAAGCUUGUGGACUUGAGAGAAAUGUGCUUGGAAUUUCGUCUGAUUCUCUUCUUGAGUCACAAUUCACGCAAAAGCUUUGCUCCACCCCUUGCUACAAUAGCUGCCCCAAUAUUGUUGACCUUUACUUCAAUCUUGCUGCUGGUGAAGGAGUAUAUCUUCCAAAACUGUGCGAAGCACGAGGAGUGAAUGCUCGUCGUGGAAUGGCAGAGCUGAAAAGCUCCGGACUAGUGUCACCGGGACCGGUGGCUAGCGAGAGGCUGGGGGAGGCACCAGGGCCUAUUUCCACGGAAAUGUUCGUGGAGGCUCCGGAACCGGCCAUGGGUCCAGCCAGCCUCUAGAUUUCGGUAGACACCUUGGAUUUAAGUAUGCGUGCUCUUUAGCUAUAUAGGUUUGAAUAAAGUGGGGCCUGGGGGAAGUUCCUCACUAGUGUGUACUUUUGAGUAGUUGAAUGUUUCCCAUUACAAAGGGGAAGAAGGAAUAAAACAAGAACAUUGUAAGAUAUGUUUAACAAGGAAAUACAAUAUAAUAUCUGAUUUGCAAUA